AUGAUAAGUGUCCAUAUCUCAAAUAAAGAAAAAAGUAAAAGAAGGAGUGGUAGUAGUUGUGGAAAUAAUAGAUUACUUGGCAAUUAAGGGGUUUCAUCAGAGAGGAAUUAGGAUGAUAUUAAUGAAGAAUGCUUAUACUUAAACUAUUUAUCCAUAUUUAAGAUUGAUAAAAUUCCAACUAACUAUUCUUAUAUCUCUGAGUUAUACCUCUCUCACAACAUGCUUCGCUCUUUGAAAGGCAUAGAGCAAUUUAAAAGUUUGCGGAUUUUGCACUUGAAAUUUAAUUUUAUUGCUGAAUUUGAAGAAAUUGAUCGUGUUGUAAAUAAGUUCUACCUUAAAAACUUGAACCUAAAAGGGAACCCAAUCAUGAAAAUUGAAAAAAACAGAUUAACUUUAAAUUAUUUAAAACAAAACUUAUUUGAAAACUUAGUUUUAUUUAAUUCAGAUGAGCCAGAUCCUCAAAACAAUGAAAAUCAUUAGCAGUAUAUCAAAGAUCAUUAUGAGCUUCAGAGAUAAGCUUUGAAAAAAGGUAGCGAAACAGGAAGAAACGACUAAUAAAUGGAAAAAUAAAGGCUAUUAAGUGGCUUUUAAAAUGGGUCAAACAACUGCUUGUCAUCAAGAAGUAUUUCUAAUUAGUUGUAAAAUGAUUAAUUUUAAAUUGUCAAAUGUCUUCCAUAAAAGCUCAAGCACACUCGCCAUUAAUCAUCCUGUUCUACUAUUUCUUUGAAUUCUAAAUAAAAUAUUGAUAACUAUUUGAGGUAAGCUAAUUAAAAUGAAGCCCGAAUUCCCUUAAAUUGCACAAAUUUAUCAAAUUAAGGUGUAGGAUAGUUCGAACCUGGAUAGCUGAAUAUUUAUAAAAUAACUCCUUUAAAAAGAGGUGCAAGCAUUCACAGUAUUAACAGCCUAAAUAAAACUAAUUAAAAUUUGAUUGACUAAUCAAUUAAUAAUAGGAGUUCUUCAAGAUUAACUAAUUAAGAUUUUAGUAAUAAUACUUUAAGAGGUAAUAACAGUUAAACUAAAUUUUAAAUUCAAAUCCAAUAAAAUGAAAGCUCAUAAUUUGAAGAUCAAUAGGAUUGUGACUAAAUGCAAUAAAACCAAGAUUCUGAAAUUAAUCAAAACGAAGAAUCUGAAGAUUAAAAUAUUUUAAUAUAAGAUGUAAGAAGUUGUGACGAAUCAAACAACGCGAAAUCAAUACUAUGUGAGCAAUAUGUAGAACUGUCUGAAGUUAUUUAAAAGGAAAGAGAGAAAUCACUGGAAAAUAUUAGAUAACUUAAAUAAGAUGUUAAAUAAGUCUAAAAAAAUCUUUAAUGCCUCUAAAAAAAUAUUGAGUAGCAAAAAAAUAUAGAAUAAAUUGUUUUGAAUAUAAGCCAAAUUCAACCUCAAUUAUAAAAUAGCCAUAAAUUGCCAAGUAGCGCAUUAAAAUCUGCCAGGAAUUCAAACUAUUAACAAUAAAUUUCCUUAAAUUAAUUUUUAAAUUCUAGUAUCAAUGGCAAUUCAACAAGCAGGACUCACAGGUAUUAAAAUUCUGCUCAAUUCUUACAACAGCAACAACCUUAAAUACCAAUACUUUAAUCUUCAAAUUAUAAUAAUAUGAUAAGUAUUGAUCUAAAAGGAGCAAACAAGAGCUAAAGCAGUCAAUAAAACAAUUUGAAGCUAUUAAUAAGUAACUAACAAAAUAACUUAGCACCUAGUAGCAAUAGUAAAUUUAUUUAAAAAGUUAUUCAUUAGUAGCAAAAAUAAUUCAUUGAUGAAAAUAUCUCUUACCCAAAUGAAGAAAAUUAUCAAGAAUUAAGUUAAUAAAAGGUCAAACUCAAUAAUUAUGCUAACCAUGAAUUUUAAGUUUAAAGUACAAAUUAAAAAUAAAUACAUUAAAAUUACUAACAUGAUUAAUAAUAACCAAGUUCAUAGAAUUUGAUAAAUGGAGAUUUUUAAAUGGAUUAGAAUCAAAAUAGUAAUAGAUGUAAGUUAUAAUAUGAUGGUAAUUUCAAUCAAAUUAACAAUUUUUAAAAAGUAUAAAAUCAUAAUAUAAUUGAUGUAAUUCACUAAGCAUAGUAAGAAUAGCCUAAAAUAUAGAACGUCUAAAUACAAAACUAUCUAAUGAAUUAUAACCAAGAUAAUUAGGAUUGCUCAAAGAAUAAAAGACUCACUUAAAAUAACAAAAUCCUCAAAGACCAAAUGCAUCUUUAAAAGAUAAAUUAACAAACCAAUAACUAGCCUUCCAGAUGUAAAAAUUUACAAAAUUAGUUAUCUUAAGAUAUCAAAAGUAUUUAAGCAAAUAUAGUUUUGGAUAAUUAAACAUAACGUGAGCGUAAUUUCUAUAACAAUUAAAGAUAAAAUUGUAUUUAAGACAAAGAAAAUUUAUUAAAUCUUCAAUCAUAAUCUCCGAGAAUAGUGUCUUCACCUUUGAAUGCCAUUUAACAUAGUAACAAUACUCCUUUGUAAUCUUCUUAAAAUAUAAAUUUGAAUUAUUUACAAAGCAGACAAAAUGAGCUAAAUAAAAGUCCAAAUAAUAUUCAGAAAAAUUAUUAAAAUUAACAAAUAAAUUAAUAACAAUAAAGCUAGCAAAACCUUUAAACAAAUAAUUUUAGCGAUUAUUAUAAGCAACAGUUAAAUAGGAUAGAUGCAGGUAGUAAUUAAAGAACAGGCUAAUCUACCAAUAAGAUGAGCAGCUCAAAAUCAUAAUAUAUUCAAAGUAAGAGGAAUAUAGGUGAAAAUAAUACUUAUAAAGAUUAAAGCUCAUCUCUUGUAAAUAUUAAAUAUAGCAACUAAAAAAAAUAAUUUCAUUAAAAGUCUUUAACGAACGUCUAGGAUCUUUUGCAUUCAUCUAAUUUUUAUUAGUAAAUGAGUUAAUUCCAGAAUUAGCAAGCAAUUAAUGACUCAUAAUCUUUUAUAACUCCUAGAGGAGUUAUUUCUAACACAUCACUAACAAACUAAUACAAUUUAAAUGUAAAGGGAUCUGAUGAUAAUAUACUCGUUAAUUCCCAGUAAGCUUUAUCUACUCCUUUAAAACAUUCUUAUUCAAAUAUCUUAUUGAAUUAAGACCUUAAUUCUUCAACUUAUAAAAAUUCUUAACUUAUGAGUAACUAAAAUUUGAUAAAUCCUCAAUAAAAUUUUAUUUAAAAUCCUCCCUCUGCUUUUUCCACUCCUCUCAUUGAUUCAAAUAAAAAAUAAUCCAAUAGCUAUUAGAUCCAAUUACAGUAAUAGCAAUAAUAAUAAAAGUAAGGUUAACACUUUUCUUAACAAUAUAUCAAUCUUAAGCUUAAUAAAGCUCUUAGCCAAGAUUUGCAAAGUCAGAAUUUACAAUCUUUUGGUUCUAUUUAACCAGAGAUAUUUGUAGAAAAUUUUCCAUUAAAUUUUCAAGAUUAGAAUAACAAAUAGCUAGCAAGGAAUGAUGCUUUAAAAAUAGCAAGUAGUACAUAAGCAUCUAAUUAUGGAGAUCAGACUUAAAUUUUGACUGACAGAUAAAGCCAAGCACAAAAUAACUUCUCCCUGUUAUCGAAAAACAUGCUAAAUUCUGGUAACAAUAAUUUCACUAUGACUUCUGGGGCUAAGACAUACGGAGAGACUUUUAACACUGAAAUGUAAAGCCCUUCUUCUGCAUAAUAUCAGAAUUAAGUUAUUUAAGUAAAUUAACUUCUUAGCAGUACUGCUAGUCAAAGCUGCAAUAGCUAGUAUUUUAAUGCAGCUAUCUCAAAUAAGUAAGCUUUAAAUAAAAUUGACAAUUAAAAUAAAGAAAAACUCCCCCAAAUUUAAUAUAACUUAAAUAAUCCUGCAAUUUCAACGCUAUCUUCCCCCUUAAAAUAACCAUCUUAAGUAAAUGGCUCUCCUCUUUUACUCACUUUAAAUGGUUUUUCAAACACAAUGUAGUCAUCUGGAAAAAUUUCAUUCUAAAAUUCUUAAAGAGGUUUUAGUAAUAUCCAAGAACCUAUUCAUGUAUAAGACACUUUUACAUUCGAAGAUAGUUUAAGAAAUUAUGCUUAACAAAGGACUGAAGCAGAAGAAGAAAGUUUGUAAAACACUUAAAACAAUUUGCAAGAGAAAACUUUAGCUUGUGAUAAAAAUAAACUUAUUGUAAAUGAUGAAAGCACCGAAUAUGAUAAAGAAGAAGAGGAAGACAUAUACAGUUCAAAAUUUUUAAUAAAUUAAAGAACUAAUGUAUAAACUACCUAAAGAAAUCCUCUGUCUUACUCCCGCUUAAAUACAUUCAGUUAGAACGAAUAAGAAUCUGAAUAGACUGCUUAAUCAAACAAUAACUUACAAUAUUUCACAAAAAACUCUAAUUAUGAUGUCUAUUAGAGUUAUGCUGCAUAAUAGAACUAGUUGCAAACCUACUCUUAAACAUCUACACCUUUGAAAUCUAGCUAUGUGAUAUAAACUCCAUAGUAAUAAAGUAAUUAAAAGUAAGCGAUUUAGAGUAGCAGGAUACAUGCAGAGGAACCUAUUGAAUAAACAAGCUAGAAAAAUUAAUAGUUUUUAAGUGGGUCUUCAUAAACAUUAGUUGAGAAACAUAUUGAUGAUAUUGACUGUGAUAUAACAAAUCUAGCAAUCAAAUAUUACAAUAGAAACCUUUAAGCUAAAAUAUUUAAAAAUUUUAAAAUCUAAAUUAAAUCUUCAUUAAUAGAAAAGAGAGAUAAUGAAAACAUUUAAAAAUCACUUAUGUUCUACUACAGAGCACUUAAAGCUAAAGCCUUCUAUUCAUGGAGGUCGUUCUAAACUACUAAACUAAACUAUAAAAAAGCAAUUUAAAAAAUAAACUAUGUUAAGGAGUUACACCAAGAUCACAAAGAGUAGUCAAAUAUCUUAGAAUGA